UCUCGUAUUCAAACCAAUCCUUAAAGAAUAAUGUAUCUAUCUAACCCAAUAUCUAAGAUUAGUUACCAACUCCAACGCCUUUCUCAAAUUUCCACAAAGUAUACUCUAUAAAUGAUGUAAGUAUGGAACCCAUUCUAUCACAAGAAACUCAAUUAGUUACAAGAAACCGAUUGAGUUAAACCUCAAUUACUUUUGUAGAAAAUCAACCAAAAGAACCCCCAAAAUGGCUGUAUCAUUGAACAUUUUUAUCGUAGCCCUCUCUCUCAUCGCCUUCUCUCCUCUUUGUUUGAGUUCCAAAGCCUAUGAAAGUGGUAGUUAUCUCUUCCCUCAGUACUACGACCACUCAUGUCCUAAAGCUCAAGAGAUUGUUCAGUCAAUUGUCGCCAAAGCAUUCGCACAGGAUCCUCGCAUGCCCGCCUCCUUGCUCAGACUCCAUUUCCACGAUUGUUUCGUCAAGGGAUGUGAUGCUUCCAUACUAUUGGACAACAGUGGAACCAUAAUCAGCGAGAAACGAUCAAACCCUAACCGAAACUCAGCCCGUGGUUUCGAAGUCAUCGAAGAGAUCAAACAUGCAUUAGAACAAGAGUGUCCUGAAACAGUUUCUUGCGCUGAUAUCUUGGCUCUAGCCGCUAGAGACUCAACCGUCAUUACAGGUGGACCGAGUUGGGAAGUACCUCUAGGAAGAAGAGACGCGAGAGGAGCAAGCUUGAGUGGUUCCAACAAUGACAUUCCUGCUCCCAACAACACUUUUCAAACUAUCCUCACUAAGUUCAAGCGUCAAGGCCUUAAUCUUGUCGAUCUUGUCUCCCUCUCAGGAAGUCACACCAUUGGAAACUCGAGGUGCACAAGUUUCCGGCAGAGGUUGUACAACCAGUCUGGCAACGGCAAGCCUGAUCUAACCCUAAACCAAUACUACGGUUCCGUGUUGCGUAAGCAAUGUCCAAGAUCCGGCGGUGACCAAAACCUCUUCUUCCUCGACUUGGUGACGCCCUUCAAGUUCGACAACCACUACUUCAAGAACCUCAUCAUGUACAAAGGGCUAUUGAGCUCUGACGAGGUUCUGUUCACAAAGAACAGAGAGUCAAAGGAGCUGGUGGAGCUCUAUGCUGAGAAUCAAGAGGCCUUCUUUGAGCAGUUCGCGAAGUCGAUGGUGAAGAUGGGAAAUAUCUCUCCGUUGACGGGCGCGAGGGGAGAGAUCCGGAGAAUCUGUCGGAGGGUUAACCAUGCAGCUUAUUAAUCAAACCCUUAUACUAUAUAUCAUGGUUUAGUUUCAUGCAUUUGUUUGGCAUGGACGACGUGUCAUCUUUUUCUUUUGCCUUUGCUUGUAUGAAUGUGUGUUCUCCUUCGAGUGUAUUUGAAGAUUUAUUUUGGUGAUUGGUUAAU